AUGGAGGAUCUUUUAAUUAAUGCUCGACACCAUCUGUGUAUGCGGAAUCCCAAGUUUAUUCGAAUUGGUCUUCGUCAACUGGAAUCUAUUCUAUAUCAUAUCGCACGACCUAGUAACAUUCAUGAUAAGAUUCCGAAAGAGAUUUAUCUAAAGCUGCAAGACUCUCAUCUAUACAAUUCUGUUGUUCCUUGUAUUUAUGCAUUGGACAGUCUUUUGGACUACCAGCAAAAUGAUGAAACUUAUUUCGAAAACUAUGUCUUUAUUCAACGCCUAAUGGAUGACUUGUUACAUGUAAUUGAGGGCCUGGUACUAAUCCAUCCCGUGUCUCAAUCAUUUUUUGAAGAUAAAACCACCUUGCAUCUUUUUAUACAAAUACUGGAACCCAGUCAGAUUAGAAGCCUUCAAGUGGCAGCUUUAAAGACACUCGUGUGUAUCAUGGUGGACCAUCCUCUUGUUGUCCGACUGUUUGAGUCAAUUGGCGGUCUGCACCAUAUUUGCAUGUUAUUUAAGCAUAGACAAACUAGCCAAGAUACUCGUUUACAAAUCCUUGAAUUCUUUUACUUUUAUUUAUCUCCGGAACCUUACAAUAUCGAGGAUUUACCCUACCGUAAAACUCGAGCGGAAAAGCAAAUUUAUCUUUCAAAGUAUCUUUCCAACGUUCAAGACCUACGGAAAGACCUAGAUACUUUUAGACCAUUUGGUAAAUUAGACGAGACUUUUGACUGA